GUUCGACAUGUGGUUUCCACAUUACAAUAAUGAUCCAAAAUUAAUGUUCUAAAUGUUUGAAUACUUCUGUUUUGAUAUGAAGUUAACUACAAGUCAAAAACGUGACGUUAGCCCCUUGCACCCUACUAGUUUUAAAUCUCCCGUGGUUGUGGCGCUGCUGUCAUUUUUGUAAUUCCGAAUGAAGCUAAAAUACGUGUGUGCCGGUGAUGAAAGCUCAAUUUUCUUCACAAAAACCGCAUUGACAGUCUUAAAAAAAGCUCAAGCCCUCUUCAAAACAUCACAAUGUUCACCCGAAGACUCCGUGUUCUCUUGAAACUCAGUGAUAAACAAACUUUUCUAAGAUCCUCGCGUGACUAUGUAGAACCUAACCUAAAAUUCUCGACGAUCUCCUCUUUCCAGUCUCUGCAGAUCCGCUCCGGGACAACCCUGAAGAGGUCCAUCUUCUCCUCAGAGAAGAUCGAGGGCUACUCUAACCUCUCUCAGACAUCGGACCAGCCGGAGUGCUUGGAAGAGGAGGACCCGAGUCAGAUUCAUCCUACCCAUGGCGCCUACAGGAUGACUGAAAAUCGUCGAGCUUAUUUGGUCCUCGAGAACAAUCCUCGUUACAAAAAGACAGUGAUUCCCCGAAUAAUCCCAGACGAGAGGUUUCCUGAGGAGACCAUCAAGAAAAUCCUGAGGAAGGAGUGGACGCUAUCUUCAAAUGUCUCGGACAUCAUCGAGAGCUUCAGGAUUCUCUCGUACGAUGCCAGAUCGCAUGACAAACGAAUCACAGAUGAACAUACUCCAAUUUUUGAGAAGUUGACGUCAGUGGUGAAGGAUUUGGUGACAGAUCAGAUAUGGCAACUCCUAAGGUACGUGGAAAUGUGGUAUCCCAUGGCCACCUACCCCAAGUCAAGGGCACUGACCGCCCUGGAAGACGCCCUAGACAAUGAGUGCUAUAAGAGGAGUCUCGAGUGGGAUGCAGACGACCUCCUCAAGACUUGUGAUCUUUUCUACCACUUGAGGAGAUCCAGGCAAUCAAAAUUCACUGGAUUCGCUUUGAAAAAAUUGGGACUGAAACCCUGCAAGAUGUCCUCCGAUAAUUAUAUCCAUUACAUGUAUCUUCUGAACGUUGGGAGAAAACCUUGGAUAAAUAUGUAUGAACUCGAAUAUCGACUUGAGGGUAUUGUUGAGGAGUUUACAACGGAGGAACUCGCCAUCAUCGCCAUGGGAUUCUUCAAGACAGCCACUCCAAUCAGAAAUCCAGCCCUUUCUGGACAUAUCGUUCAAAAAUGUGUGAAUGAUAUGAAAGAUCUGGAUGAGAUUUUCAUAUCUGCUAUCAUGAAAAUGGCCAGGCUCAGUGUACACCUGAGAGACAGGGAUAUACUGAGAAAUCUCUUUCAUCGUUUCAAGAUCCGAAUCGACACGAUAUCGACACCCUGCCUCGUCCACACCGCUCACACUGCUGCCACCACGCUCAUAUUCGAGAAAGAAGUCAUGGAUUUAAUCAUGAACGAACUAAUAAAGAGAGAUCUUUCUGGGGCAAGACUGAAGGACAUUGAGCGACUCCUCUUCAGCCUGAUGAUAUUCAACUACCCCAAAGACUUCCCCCUCUACGAACUAGCCAUAAACCAAUUGAAGAAUCCCGUCCGGACAUCUGAACGCAACAAAUUCGCUGUCACAUAUAUCUGUUGCCUCAUGUACCUCUCUCAUAUGGACAUUUAUCCGUUGGACAUCAUAACAAACAUCAUGGAUCCCCAAUAUCUGAAGGACGUUUAUCGAAAUAAUGCAUUUAAAAUUGGAAGGGAGUAUCUGACACUGGAGUGUGGUCUCAAAGUGGAAGUGCCUGAAUAUCAAGGGCCAUUUUUACCGGAAAGAGUUUACAAUUAUCUCGCCAAGAGAUAUGCAUCUGAUGUUGUCUGGAGAGAAGAUCCAUCAGUAAGAGUUCAAACGUAUCAGAAAUUUUUGUUCGAAGUAGUACAUUAUCUGAAGACAAUUGUAGGAGAGAAUAAUUACUUUAUGGAUCAAGUACUUCCUCAACACCAAAGAGCAGACAUAAUUUUAUGUGUGGACGUUGACAAUAAUUUCAUAUCGGCUGAGCGUAUGCUGCUGGAGUGCCCGACGUUUACAGUGAAAUUUGCUCCAGAAAGAUUGAAGUAUAGAUGGUUUGCUAUGACUCUAGCGUCUCACAAUCAGUUGUUCAGGGGGAGUUCCAUCUUGAGUGGCACCUCUAAUGCGAAGUUGAGACAGUUAACGAAGGCUGGAUACACUCCAAUAACGGUCAUGUUGCCAACGUGGACGAACCUCAAGGAAGCUGAAAGACACCAGUAUCUUCGAAAUUUAGUAACACAGCACAUUAACAAUAAAGAAUAUAUUUCUUCUUAAGUGUUACAUGUUUGUACAAAUGGUCAUUUAUUUCGUGUAAUUAUUUUAUUGAAAAGAAUGAAAUCCAACAAUGGAAUUCGAAUUA